GGUGCCACCGGCAGGGAGCACGACGCAAUGCCCGUUCACUGUCAGCAAAGCCCGGUGCUGGCAGGCAGCGCCGCCUUGGUCGCCAUGGGGGCACUGGUCCUGUACUGGGCGAAGCCCUCCGGCUACGGGAAGUACGUGCCAGCGGCUGUCUGCCUGUCCGCUCGCGCCGCCUGGUUCCUGCAGGAGCUGCCUUCCUUCGCGGUGCCCGCGGUGAUCCUCGCUCUGCAGCCCCGCACUCUCUUCGGCUCUCCCGCGACUGUGCUUCUGGGUCUCUUCUGCUUACAUUACUUCCACAGGACAUUUGUUUACUCGUUUCUCACUAGAGGGAGGUCUUUUCCAGUUGCACUCAUUUUCAGCAGCUUUUUCUUCUGUCUGGGAAAUGGACUCCUCCAAAGCUACUAUCUGAUUUACUGUGCUGAAUACCCUGCUGAGUGGUACACAGACAUACGGUUUAGCCUGGGUCUCUUCUUAUUUCUUUUGGGAAUGGGAAUUAACAUUCAUAGUGACUACAUAUUGCGCCAGCUCAGGAAGCCUGGAGAAAUCAUCUAUAGGAUUCCACAAGGUGGCUUGUUUACGUACGUUUCUGGAGCCAAUUUCCUCGGUGAGAUCAUUGAAUGGAUCGGCUAUGCCUUGGCCUCGUGGUCCCUCCCAGCACUGACAUUUGCAUUUUUUUCACUUUGUUUCCUUGGGCUUCGAGCUUUUCACCACCAUAGGUUCUACCUCAAGGUGUUUGAGGACUACCCCAAAUCUCGGAAAACCCUCAUUCCAUUCAUUUUUUAAAAAACCAAAUUAAAAAGGAACACGGCUCCCAUAAUACUGUUGAAAACCAUAGGGCUGUUGAACCUGCAACUUUCAGAGUUUCACUGGGUGUGUAAUAAUAGGUGUCUUGUGUUCUGAUAGUGGGCCUAGGGUUUCCACGAGGUGCCCGUUUCGUGUCUGCAUGGACUCUCCCCGAGUCCCUCCUAAUCUCUUCCUGAAACUCCAACAAGGCCCUUUUCCACACAGAGAUACCUGCUUCUUAGCUCUUCCUCCCAGAAAGUGCAGAACUUACCUACAUUUUUUUCCCUUUGGGUGAUCUAAGGACAUGUGGCUUUAUACCUGCACACUAUAUCAACACCUAUACAAAUUGUAAGAUAUUUAAAUUCAAAGCUGCAUGGACCUAGAGCCAAUCUACUCUGAAAUGAAAACCCAGUCACAUUUUCCUUUUCCUUACUUAAUUAUGAAAGGUAUGAAAUGAUUCAGUAGACUUUUGAUAAAGGAGUCCUUUCUUCGUAUUGCUGAAGAUGCAAUGAUGCAUUGACUCCAUGUCAGAUUUGUGAGUCGUCUCAGUGCCUCUGUCUUCCUGAAGAUUUCAUAAUCCCCGCUAGAGAUAUUGUAGCCUGACCCAGAAGACUGGUGCGGGCUUUAUUGAAGGCCAGGUUUUAACUACGCCAGCAAAAGAAGAUGUGAUUCUGGUUGGCUACUGGGAAAGUAAAAAGUGUUUUACAAUAGACAUUACCUACCCUCGUAUUCUUAGAUGCUGGUGGCAAUAUCCAAAUACUGCGAGAGUGUCAAGUAAGGGAAAUGACUGAGUAAGAUCAUAAUAUGCUCUUGCCUUGACAAGAUGUCUGUAAUGACAGUGAAGCACAUCAGAAGCACACAGCAACUCUUCUGGAAUUCAUCACAGUCCUCAGGAUCUGAUCAAGAAGGAUCUCCCAGGGGUUACUUGAACAUCAGUCUUCAAAGAUCCUGAAAACUGCAAAGGCUAAAAACUGCAACUGGAGGGAUACCAUCUGGGCAAGCAGAUUUUGUUUGGCUCAGACAGUAUUUCACACAUAAUAUGACUUUCUUUUUUUUACAUUCAAAGUCUCUGAAAUUUAAAAACAAGGUUUCUACAUUCUAGUUUCCUGUAAAAAAUUGGAGGAUCUGAGCCCAUGGAGCCUGCUAAGAACUGGGACUGGUCAGCUAGUAUAUAUUAGAAUGUACAGCUGCUGUUGGGGGAGUCAUCCUAGAAUGGGUGCUGAGACAUGGGCUCUCUAAGGAGAGGGGUGAAUACUCAUCAUCAGAAUGUGUGAAAAUAUUUGUCUCCUUGGGUUUAGGUUUGGGGCAAGUGUUGGUAAUUUUUAGCAAGCCCUCUUGAGAAAUGAGGACCAGUUUUAUCAGAUGCAAUGCUAAGUACAGAAAUGCACUGUAUGAGACACAGCACACUCAAAAGAUCUGAGAAUAUUGUAGAUUAUUGAACAAUACAAAUUGUAAUCAUAUAAAUGCAUAUUUUGCUGUUAAUUAAAUGUUUCUCAAAUCACAGAUGUUACAUAAUUUUGUUUAAUAAAAGAGCUCCAGAUUUAUGAAGAUUUUUAUAAGAUGCUGAGCUGAGUCCCUUGUUCCCAACCCCCCGCAUUUUUACUGUUUUCUUUUUUUUUAAGUGUUGCUGCCUUUUAUCUCCUUUCUCUUAAUUUUGACAACUAGAAAUUAGGGGCUCUAAGCUGAAAAUAGAAGAGAAAUAUGACUUAUUUGGCUUCUUAACCACAGCUCAGAACUCCAAGCAGGUACAGUGUUCUCAGUGCUCUAGGGCCAUAGUUUUUAACCAAUUUUCUCUAUUUCUAAAAUAUGCAUGCAAAUUGAAAAUAAAGGUCUGAAAGUGUC